AUGGCUUCUCCCCAAAUCGUGUUGAUUUCUGGCUGUUCUAGUGGCAUUGGACUCGCUACAGCAGUGUUUCUCGCCAAAGAUGCCGAGAAACGCUUCAAGGUUUAUGCCACCAUGAGAAAUCUGGCGAAGAAAGGACAAUUGGAGGAAGAAGGACAAGAAUAUCUUGGAGACACACUGGUCAUUAAACAGAUGGAUGUAUGCAGUGACGAGUCAGUGCAGAAAGCUGUGAAGGAAGUGUUGGACACAGAGGGAAGAAUUGAUGUAUUGUGUAAGUUCUACUGCUCUGAUUUUCUUGAAAUAUGA